AUGGAGACGCACCGGGAUGAGAUCGCGCUCUGGCUCCAGCACCUCUCCGCCAAGGCCGUCCAAGAACUCAUUUUUGUCAACCGCGCAACGACGAUCGACAACGAAGCGCAUCUCCCCGCCACUCUCUUCAGGUGCACCUUGCUCACCAAACUCUACAUCGGAUUCUGGUGGUUCCCGGAGACCGCCACCCUACCUCGCAGCGUCGCUUUCCCCUAUCUACGGGAGCUGGGUCUCUUUUCCCUCGUCAUGAAGGAAGAGGACCUCGCCUUCGUGCUGAACAGAUGCCCCGUUCUGGAGAAGCUCCUGAUUGUCGGCAGCCGGUGGCCGGUUUGCCUUCGCGUUCGGAGCCACAGCCUACGGUUGGUGGAGGUGUGCCAGGGUCUUGUGCCAGAAAUCACUGUGCUGCACGCUCCACGCCUGGAGAGGCUCUUGUUGUGGCAAGCUUGGGGUGGUGAUGAUUUAUGCAACAUGUCCUCCAAGAUCAUGAUUGUCCAUGCCCCGAAGCUAUGUUUCCUAGGAUUCUUGGUGCCCGGAAUGCACAAACUGGAGAUUGGGAACACCAUUAUCAAGGCUCAGACUAAGGCAAGCCCAAACACCACUGUUCUAAGUGUGCAGAUGCUGGCAGUUCAGGUCAAACUUGGAACCCGCAUUGAAGCGAGGAUGUUGCCGAGUUUCCUCAGAUGCUUUCCCAAUGUCGAGACACUCUACAUCCAGUCCGAGAAUGAUGACCUCAAGUUCUGGGGACCUCAAUGCACUGGUGCUGGCAAAUUAAAUUUGAAGUUCUGGAAGGAGGCAGGGUCCAUUGAAUGUGUUCAGCGCCAUAUCAAGAAGGUGGUCCUCCGUGAGUUCCGUGGGACGAGAAGCGAGCUUGACUUCCUCAAGUUCAUAGCUGAGCAAGCACAAGUUCUUGAAAAGAUGGUGAUUGUGUUGACCCAUGGUCAUUCCCCUUCUGAUCCAGUAGGUACAAACCUGAGGACCAAAAUGGCUUCUGCAAAAUGGGCCAAUGCACGCUGUGAGCUGAUGGUUUUUCAGACUCCAUUUCAUCAAGAAGGUACAGCUUGGUGCUACCUAGCAGCUUUUGAUCUUUCUAACCCAAACCCUUUUGAUGUUUCAAAAUGUCUCGAUGGGAAAUGCCAAAGUCAUUAGUGUGCUGUUGCUGUAUCUACAUGCAAGUCACUGUUUUAGAUUGUUGGCGAUGUGGUUUGCAGAUUUGUGGUUUGAUUCAGUGGCAUUAAGUGUAGAACUUAUUUAGCAGCAUCGUAUGGCAUGGAGAAGACUUGUGUUGGUUAUGUAAUCUGUUUUCUGGUUCCAGUGAUAUGCAUUGGAUAACUUCUGCUAAA